AUUUGCACUCCUCUCUCUCUCUCUCUCUCUCUCUUUCUUAUUAUUGCAGCAGUUGCCUGUAGCUGCGCUUACAUAAUAUAUUUGCCCUGAUUUUUUUAUUUUAUUUCUGGGUUGAUCUGCUUUCUGCGUUUUGAGUUUGAGAGAGAUAUGGAGGAGGGUUUGUGUCAGUGGAGUGUGUUCAGAUCUCUGUUGGCCAUUCUUCAGUGGUGGUUUUUCAACGUUACCGUGAUUAUCAUGAACAAGUGGAUCUUUCAGAAAUUGGACUUCAAAUUUCCUCUAACAGUGUCAUGUGUUCACUUCAUAUGCUCUUCCCUUGGAGCGUAUAUUGUAAUCAAGGUGUUGAAACUUAAACCCUUGAUAGUGGUUGACCCUGAAGAUAGAUGGAGAAGGAUUUUUCCCAUGUCAUUUGUGUUUUGUAUCAACAUUGUGUUGGGGAAUGUGAGUUUACGCUACAUUCCGGUUUCUUUUAUGCAGACAAUUAAGUCGUUUACUCCGGCCACUACAGUUGUUUUACAGUGGAUGGUUUGGAGAAAGUAUUUUGAUUGGCGAAUUUGGGCUUCUUUGAUACCCAUAGUUGGAGGAAUACUUCUCACAUCCGUCACAGAGCUGAGUUUUAAUAUGCUUGGAUUUUGCGCUGCAUUGUUUGGAUGUUUGGCCACAUCUACAAAGACUAUCCUUGCAGAAUCUCUGCUUCACGGAUAUAAGUUUGACAGCAUAAACACAGUGUACUACAUGGCACCAUUUGCCACGAUGAUCUUGGGAAUUCCAGCAUUGUUACUUGAAGGUAAUGGGGUUUUGGAUUGGCUCAACACCCAUCCAUCUUCUUUGUCUUCUUUCAUAAUCAUUUUUAGCUCUGGGGUGCUGGCGUUCUGUCUUAAUUUCUCCAUCUUUUACGUGAUUCACUCCACAACUGCCGUUACAUUUAAUGUUGCUGGAAAUCUGAAGGUUGCAGUUGCUGUCUUGGUUUCCUGGUUGAUAUUCAGGAAUCCGAUCUCAGGUUUGAAUGCUGUUGGAUGUGCUAUUACACUUGUCGGAUGUACAUUCUAUGGAUAUGUGAGACACUUGAUUACACAGCAGCAUGCACCCGGAACUCCACGUACACCCCGAACACCAAGGAAUAGGAUGGAACAACUACUUCCCCUUGUAAAUGAUAAAUUAGAUGAUAAGGUCUAAUUUAACAGGGCAUACAUGAGGUUCUAAGCUGAUGGAAAUGGGGUAUUACACAAUAGAGAAAAUUCAGAAAACCAGAUACCAGAGCUUUGUUUGUUUGACCAUACAUUAGAUCACCUGAGAAUUUUUACUAUAUAUUUUUUCACUUGUUUAGCAAUAGGAAAAAAAAGAAAAAAAGAAUUGAGGUUCUUGAGAUUUAAUGUGCAAGAGCUUCGCAUUUGCCGUUGCCCCCUGCAAUUUUUUUGAUGUCAUGAAAGUAGCAGGCUAAUAUAUCUUUAGCAAAAGCUCAAGUUCAACGUCUCUCUCUGUUUCUCAGCUGCAGCACCAAAAGGACUAACAUCCAGUAAGGAGAAAAGCUGAGGGCUGCUUUAUUGGGUGUGAUGAAUACGUGGAGCCUUUUAAAUUUUAAAUUUGCUGGUAUUUUUGGUAGGAAAAGAAUAAGUUGAUUUCGAUGUACUCUUUGUUUUUCUUAAAUUAUAAAAGAAAUUUAAAAUAAUUAUUAUUUUA